UAUUCCAGUUCGUCAGUCAGUCGGCGAGUGUCAGUGCAUGGGAGUAGUUGUAUGUUGCUUUACUGACGUCCAACGAUUUAUAUCCCGCCACGUUUUCAUUUUGCCGGGAAAAGAAGGAACGUAGCCUUUUAUCAUACACAGAGUAAUUGUAGGCAAAGCUUCAGACAAUGUCGAGCCCUGUGAGCCCUUCAUUGAAGGACCUUCCCAAGGUCAAUCUGGACCUCAAGAGUGAGCUCGAAGGUUUCAAGACUGUGAAUAUGAAGAAGGCAGAAACCCAAGAGAAGAAUGUUUUACCUACAGCCGAAGAUGUGAAACAAGAGCGACAACACAGCGAGCUCAUUCAAGGCGUUGAGAGCUUUAAAACUGAGAGGUUAAAGCGGACCAACACGCAAGAAAAAAUUGUUCUACCAAAUGCACAAGAUGUUGCUACAGAGAAAACUCAGAAGGCUCUCCUGCAGGGUGUGGAAGCUUUUGAUACAGGGAAGCUGAAACACACAGAAACUCAAGAGAAGAAUCUCCUUCCAGAUAAGGAUGUUGUCAGACAAGAGAAGGUCCACCAGAACUUGUUGGAAGGUGUGGAGCACUUCGACAAGGCUACAAUGAAACCCACACAGACUCAAGAAAAGAACCCACUUCCAGAUCCAGAAGCUAUAGAACAAGAGAAGGAGAAACAGAAUUUGUUUGCAGGAAUUGAAAACUUUGAUACCAAGAAGUUGAAACACACUGAAACCCAAGAAAAGAAUCCCCUACCAACAAAAGAAGCCAUUGAUGAAGAGAAGAAGGCAUAAGGCUUGCCCAGACACUCCAGCCUUUGGGUGCAUUUUUCAACCAACUUGAACUGAAGGAACUUGCCCUUCAGUAUCCAUCCAGCUCAAUUGGGAUCAUAUUUUUUAUCAGUGCUGGUCGAUUUAUUUUUGUCACUAUUUAUAAAAGUAACAGUAAUAAGAUUUUCUUAUCCAGCCUUUAUACAACGAAGGAAAGUAAUUCAAAUGUGACUGUUUAUACCAAGUGCUUCCACAUAUUUCGUAUUGGAUAACCACCAUAGCAAAAUGUUUUGUAUACUGUAAUUACAGUAAAACUUUCUUCUAGUUAAUUAGAAUUGCCUUGGUGCAGUUUGUUUUAUUUUGGAGAUUAAUAUGUGUGGUUAUGAAGUUUUCUAUGCAGUGAAUACAUUUAUUGGACUUGUCACGAGUUGUAAAACAGUAAAUAAUACAUUUGCCAUUAGAAUUAAUUGAUAUCAAUGGCCAAAGUUUUCUGAGAAUUCUGUAGUAAAUAGAUGACCUGUCUUUAAAUUUGUUGAAAAAAACCAGCCAGGAUAACUAAAAAUUUUGCAUAAAAUUGUACUCAUCAUUUUUAAAAAGUGCUCUGUCAGUUGUUCAAUUGUAUAUCCAUUUUGAAAUUUUUACAAAAUGGGGAAAUGGGCGUGCUUUUAAAGUUGGGCUGAUUUUGAAUUUAUCACUCUGGUGUUCAAACAGAAACUUCCAAGUAUAUUUUCGUAUGGGUUUUGUACACACAAUAAUAAUGUAACUUUGUUCUAUGCACUUCUGCACAGCAAGUGAACUGAAUGGCCAACAAAUCUAGAUUUUCUGUGAUAUAAAUUGCAGCUCCUCCACAUUUAACCUCUUAUAAGCCUUGGCAACUAUGUGUACCACUUAUCUUAAUGAUAAAUAUAACAUUACAUUUCACCACAGAUUAUUUAUAGGGUACUGUUGGUUCUUCAUUUACUAACUGAUCCUUGUAAUGAAUACACAGUAGAUUUUUUUUAAAUAAGAACAGGCUUUUAAAAUAUUAUUUAAACAGAUUUGCCUUAUAAAAGGUUAAAAUGCUUGUGGUACAACUGAAUUUUUGUCUCACAGUAUUCUAGAUCUGUUAGUCAUAUUGCACUCCUUAGUUCGGCUGGGACAGUCCCAUUUUCAGUGGGUAUCUCAUCGUUGAGAUAUUGCCUAUUUGAACUGUAUAAUAGUUGAAAAGUUUCUGUACUUUGUAACAUGGAAUGUGUCAUGUUUUUUAACACUACCAUAUUCAGUAUGUUUUUUCUGAAGGAGCUCGUAACAGUUGUAGUUGAGAAGUUUGUGCAGACACUUGAACAGGCAUAAUCUCUUUUUGGCAAUAAAUGAGCACUGGUAUGAAUGGCGAUUUAAUUGUUAGAAGAAAAUGCUUUUUAUGUAUGUUUUAGUCACAAUUUAUGUUGACUAAAAAGGAUGGUAUGCUUUUUCUGCCUUUGGUAUUUGGUAUUGAAGAAAUAUAGCACUGUAAAAUACAAAUUACCUUAAUCAUAUUGGGGUACUGUCCAGAAGUGCAGUUGCACUGAUAUUGUAUUACUUCGAAUAUAAGAUGUCCUCAAAUUUGAGAUAAUCCAGCUUUUGAAUGUGGGCUUUAGAAAAAAAAUUAUAAAGGUGCACAUUCCAAAAGAUUAAGCUGCACCUCAGUUUUUCAGUGGGAAAAAAUGUACAUCUUAUAUUUGAAGUAAUACAAUAUUUGCAAAAAUUGUUUGCUCACAAAUCCGUGUUUUUUUAUUUAAUCCAUGUUAAUUGCACAUUUGUAAUAACCAAAAUUUCAGUUUGCACAUGGUAUUUGUAUAGUAUUGCUUCAUGUCAUUUGAUAAUUUGAAUAAAAUUUAUGUAAGUAUA